AUGUGCUUUUUCCUGAGCAACCUCCCCUUCUUACAUAUCUGCUAUUCCUCUUAUGCUGCCCCCAAAAUGCUGUCAGAUUUCUUGCCAGAGAGAAAGGUUGUUUCUUCUGUUGGAUGUGAUGCCCGGUAUUAUUUUUCAAAACACUUGCUGGAUCAGGAGAAGGUGGUCUUCAUUUUUUACAUGCCGGUGAGCUGCCUGCUGAAUCUCCUCAUUUACAGCCUGAGGAACAUGAGGGUGAAGGACAGCCUGCACCUUCCCCCCUUUGGGGGAACAUUAUUAUAUAUUUUUUUCUAA